UUGACGAAAGUGGUAUCCUCGGUAGAGAUGUUGACAAACCACGAAUUAACAUAUUCGCGGACAACGAUGUCAACGGCGCGCUCGAUCGCAUCUUCGACCGGCUCAGAAGGCUCGUACGUGCUGUGAAUCAGGGGCUUAAACUCGGCCUAUGAUAUUAAAAGCGGAUCAGCAAAAGGAGAAUGCAGAUGAUUGCAUGUUUAGACGAAAGGCGGGCAUACCUCGUUGAAGAUCGAUGCACGUGUGACCCCGUCCUUCUUCCAAGGCAGUGGCUCGAGAUCAAGGUCUCGCCACGGAUUAACCGACUGGAAGGCGAUAACUAUACCGAUACCGACGCCGGCAAGAAGGAAAAACAAGGGAACGCCGAAAAAGAAGGCGAGAGCAGGGACGGCAAUGGCACCGCCGAUGAGGAGCUGAUUCGUCGUAGCGUUGGCCAGGAAGUCCUCGACGAGCUUGUAGUAGACCUGCAGCGAAGGCUGGGCGGCAGCGUCAGCGGAUUCAUCGGGUACGGAACUAGAGGACUUUGUGUCUGCGUCUGGCGGGGAAGAAGGCGACUCGCGGGCCGGGACGGCGGAGGAGGAGGCCCGGGGCUGGUUGGACUGCGAUUGGGAGGCAGGACCGCGCGUAACCGGCGCCAUUGCGAUCUAGACGGGAAGAAAGCCGCAGGACAGGGGAGGCAGCGGUCUGGAAGGCGAGUAGGAGGCAGAGGUCAGAUAGUAAAGGAGGAAGAAGCGGUGAAGAGGGAGACAGGCAGGGCGGAGGGCGAGCAGAGGACGGGAUAUAAAGAGAGGCGGUCGCCGGCCAGUUGUUGCGCACCCAACGAGGCCGUGCGCCAGACCCUGAAGAAGAAGCCGCUCCUCCUCUGCGGAUUCUAGAUUAGACGUCUCAUCGGCCUACAACCCCCAAUUGACUAAACAAAUGCCUAUUACAAACUAACUACUGC